AUGGCGUCGUGGAAUUCGAUUCCGCUGGAAAUCUCGUACGAAGUCGUCGGAUGGAUCGCGUUUGCUUCGUGGUCGAUUAGCUUCUACCCACAGCUCAUUUUGAAUUUCCGCCGGAAAAGUGUUGUUGGAUUGAAUUUCGACUUCGUGCUGUUGAAUCUGACAAAACACUCGUCGUAUAUGAUCUACAAUGUCUGCCUCUACUUUAGUCCCUUUGUUCAGAAGCAAUACUUCGACACUUAUGGCGAUAAAGAGAUGUUACCAGUGGCUGCAAAUGAUGUUGCCUUCUCAAUCCAUGCGGUUGUUAUGACAGCUCUUACACUGUUCCAGAUCUUUAUCUAUGAACGUGGACCUCAAAAAGUAUCGAGACUUGCUGUAGGUAUUGUGGUUGUGGUGUGGUCGUUUGUAGCUAUUUGUUUCUUCAUAGCAUUACCUUCACAAUCUUGGCUCUGGCUCAUUACCAUCUUCAACUCGAUUCAGGUCUUCAUGACAUGCGUCAAGUACAUUCCACAGGCGAAGAUGAAUUUCACUAGGAAGAGCACAGUCGGGUGGAGUAUUGGGAAUAUUCUUCUCGAUUUUACUGGAGGAGUCGCUAAUUAUCUUCAGAUGGUUAUUCAAUCUAUUGACCAAAAUUCUUGGGUGAAUUUCUAUGGGAAUAUUGGAAAGACUCUUCUAUCACUCAUCUCGAUAUUUUUCGAUAUCCUCUUCAUGUUUCAACACUAUGUGUUGUACCCAGAGAAGAAAGCAUCAAAAUCUUUGGAAGCGGGUGAGGACUCGAACGAACCCCUCAUUGAUCCUUCUCAUGAACAUGUUUAA